AUGUCAACCUCCGACGAUCUCAGGUUGAGGGCACCAAGUCUUCCAACACGGAGCAACAUGCGGAACUCGAAGUUCCUCGAGCCUUUGAUUAGCACCAAGCCUGGGCUUGUUGAUGAGCAGCCUCCGUUAUCGCCUGGGACAGCUCCUCACGAUGUGUAUCUCUCAUCCGAGGAGGAUGCUUCUUCAUCGGCAGACGAUUUCUCCGACUACCUGUCUGACUUUGACUCUGAAUCAUCACCAGCUAGCUCACCAAGGACAGGGCACAGCCACGAGGACAUUGCGAUCGUUGUGAAUGUGGUAUGGCAGGGAAAGCCAUCCAUCAUUGACCUGCCUCGCCGCUCCCUCUCGCCCUCUUCACAGCUCGGGCCUCAUGACGUCCAGCGAGUUGAGAUCCAGAAGAUUCAGAGGACAUCUACAGCACCUGUUGGAGCACGGGGCAGGCUCUCCAUCAUCACCACAGGCCCAAAGCUACCAAGCACCCGAUCCUCUCGUUCCCACACCACUACAAGCAUUCCCUCCAGCAAGACACAGCCUUCGUUUCUCGACAGCGAUCCAUUCUCCUCAACAAGCUUUGAGGCAACCACCCCACUCGACCAAGAGCGCCCACGAACACCGUCAAUGCUUAAACGCAUGACUCUUUCCAGGCGACGAAGCAGGCCCUUCAUGAGCGAGGCUGCGUCACAGUCCCAACUCAGCAUUUCCACAUGCUCCACUCCCAUGCACCGACCAGAUGACGAUGAGUAUUCACCAAUGACUCCCCAAAGCGCCAAGAGCUUCGCAUAUCACGACCUGGCAAAAGUGGCGCGAAGGUCGAUGCACUUCACGAAAUCUUCCGUCCCUGAAUCACCGGGUGUCAAGACGAAGCUGAGUCUCCGCUUUGGCCGGAAGUAG